AUGCAUCUCUCAUCAUGUUUGCUCAUUGCCUGCCUCAGCGGCGUGCACGCCUUCUAUCCGUGGGAGCUGCGAGUGGAAGUCGGUACCGUGGAGCCAAUUCAGCGUCGCUUUAUGCCAUGGAGCUUGAUUGAAGCCAAGAUCGAUGACACUGUCACCAAGCCCCCCACUCUCGACCUGAAGAAGUACCCUGUUCGUCGCGAUGAUACUUACAAGAUUGUCGAGUCGCACACGCCUUCCAUGGCAGACAGUGCUGCGCUGAAUCAGGAUGGAACCGAUUACUCUUACUUCUCUACCGUGCUGGUGGGCUCACAGAAGACGGAAAUGUGGUUGGCUCUCGACACUGGUGCGCCCAACACAUGGGUCUUUGACUCCAAAUGUACCGAGGAUGUCUGCACACAACACCACACUUUCGACCGAUCUACCUCGACCAGCUACGUCUCCAACAGCUCGACAUUCAGUCUCGGCUAUGGCAGUGGCACUGUCCUUGGACAACUCGGAACCGAUACUUUUUCAAUUGCAGGCAUCGAAGUCUCGUUGGAAUUCGGCCAGGCCAACAAUGCCUCGGACACUUUCAAGAGCUACCCAUUCGACGGUAUCCUCGGUCUGGGUCGCUCCCACACAUCUGGGUGGAACCUCCCAUCCUUUAUGGAUCGUGUUGCGGAAGGAAAACACAUCAAGAACAACUUCAUCGCUUUCAGUCUGUCCCGCGCAGCAGAUGGUGACAAGGACGGGGAGAUCAACUUUGGCGGUCUCGAUACAACCAAAUACGACGGAGACAUUCAAUACACUGCCACCGACUCGGGCAUCUGGAACAUCCCCUUGGAUGACGCCUACGUGAAUGGCAAAGCUUGCAAGCUUUCCGGCAAAUCUGCUACAAUCGACACCGGAACCACCUACGUUCUAAUUCCCCCUGAUGAUGCAGCAGUUGUCUUCGGUCUUGUUCCCGGUUCAUCUGCAUCGGGCAGCAACCACAUCAUCCCAUGUAACACAAAUGUGACACUGGAGCUCGAGUUCUCGGGUGUCAAAUACUCCAUUUUACCCGAAGAUUAUGUUGGAAGUCCAACAGAAUCAGGCUCGGAUUCUUGCAUUUCAACCAUUGUCAGCUAUGCAUCUAAUGGAGUCAACACCUGGCUCGUCGGUGAUGUGUUCCUGAAGAACGUCUACACCGUUUUCGAUUAUGACAAUGCGCAGAUCGGCUUCGGAUCCCUUGCUUCUGGGUCAACCAAAGGCAAUGGAACAUCCACUGCACCCCCAACCUCAGCUACCGCAGCGGCGGCUGCCUCCAGUGCUAGCCAAGCUGCAGCUGAGUCUAGCGCCUCCACCGCCGCAACUUCCACAGUCUCCGGCAGCUCCGCAGCACCACUCAACCGUGGCAUUAGCUGGUCUAUGUUCACAGUCAUUCUCGGCGCUUUCUUCGUCUGA